UUGAAUGUUGUAGCUGUUGAGGCGUGCACCAAUGCAACCCCUCACUAAACUAAAGGCAAACCUUAAGUUACUUUCAUACAACCACUGUUUAUCAGCUUAUCCGCACUUACAUACGGAGCUCCGACGUUCGAUGUAAAACGUAGUUCCUUCGUUAGAAUCAGACUGUUGAUUCAACGUUGUUGGAGAGGUGGGUUUCAACUCCUUCGUUUUCUCCCUUAGGAGUGUGGUUUUAACCCACGUAAGAGGGAAAGAAAGGACAAGAGAGGGAAAGGACACGAAAAAGGCAAAAAGGCUAUCUGAAACAUGAUCUCCAUGUUGUGUCUCAUGCUGUUUGUUCCACGUGUGUUCUCCUCAUCGACACAGGUGGCUAUAAUCUUCCCCCAAGACCCAGCAUUGUGGAUGGGCUCCAGCCUAACGGCCACGUGCACAGUGAGCCCCGAGCGGGGGCUGCAUGCCAACACUAUGUACUGGACCCUUAAUGGGAAGAGACUCCCAAGUAGCACCUACGGCCUGCUGAGCACCAACGGCCUCAGUGUCACCUUGCACCGCCUCAACGGCUCCCAGCAGCAGUCUGGGGACAACCUGGUGUGUCACAGCAGAGACGGACAUGUCCUGGCUGGCUCCUGUCUAUACGUGGGCAUGCCCCCGGAGAAGCCGGUCAACCUAACCUGCUGGUCCCGAAAUACAAAGGACCUGAGCUGCAAGUGGACCCCCGGUGGUCGGGGUGAAACCUUCAUCAAAACCAAAUACACCCUCAAGUACAAAUUGAGGUGGUACGGGCGAGAGAGAGAAUGUGAGGACUACAGCACGGGGCAACGCUACACAUGUUACAUCCCCCGGGACUUGGCCCUCUUUACUCCCUACGAGAUCUGGGUGGAGGCGUCCAAUCAGCUCGGGACUGCCACCUCUGAUGUCAUCACUCUGGAUAUUCUGGAUGUGGUGACUACAGACCCUCCAGACAACGUCCAUGUGAGUCGUGUGGGGGAGCUUGAGGACCAGCUGACAGUGCGUUGGGGCAGCCCUCCGGCACUUAAAGACUUCCUCUUCCAGGCCAAAUACCAGAUACGUUACCGACUGGAAGACAGCACUGAAUGGAAGUUGGUGGAUGAUGUAGGUAACCAGACAUCGUGCCGGCUAGCAGGGCUAAGGGAAGGGACAGUAUACUUUGUCCAGGUGAGGUGUAACCCAGUGGGGAUCUACGGCUCCAGGAAGGCUGGGAUCUGGAGUGACUGGAGCCACCCUACAGCUGCCUCCACGCCCCACAGUGAGCCGCUGCAGAGUGGGUCAUGUGACCCCAAGUCGGGCGAGCAGAACUCCACCCUGCGACGGGAACUCAAGCAGUUCUUUGGCUGGGUCCGCAAACACGCAUGCGGCUGCAGCGGCAUGUCAAUCAAACUCUACGACCAGUGGCGGGUGUGGCUGCAGAAAUCUCAUAAAACACGCAACCAUGUAGGAAUCCAUAUGGAACAGAAAAAGAACUGAUGCGAGACGCCAGCGUUACACUACUGUCUGCAGCCCAGGAUUCAAAUAGAGUGGAAUCGCUCUUUGCUCAGAUACCAAUACCUAUCUUGAAGAACUGCUCCAUCCCCUCCUCUCCACACACACUCUCUCUUACACACACAUCUCCGGGGAGUGGCAAAGAGGAGAGCCUUUCUCUGAUCACUGAGUGGGAGCAUGGAAACGUUUCUUAAAGUAGCAUUAGUACAUGUUUGACUCAGAUGGCCAUAAAUCAUCUUACUGACUACCAUCAGAUCAGACACAUAGUGGCCAGCUUCACAGACUUUUAGCGGAGAGACAAGGGCAUUACGCAAUCCUCCUGGAAUGUCAUAUACAGUACAAAGAACUUCACUAAUUCAGCUCCUGUUCAGGAAACUCAAUCACAGAACAUUUGUCAGAAUUCUAGAAGAUGAAUGUACUUUCAUAAUGUAUUUCCAUUCUAACCACUUUAAUAGCCACACAGUUGUCUAAGCUAUGUGUCAAUGCAAUUUAGUUGUAUGGGCCUUUUACUGGCAAAAACAUGUUUGGUAUGCUAGCAAAUGCUAACACACCAUUUUGUAGAUUGGCUUUGUUGCAGUAAUAGCAAUUGAACUUGAUAUAUUUUUGGAUUGAAGUCAGGUUUGUGGGUCACCAUGACCAAAGCCCAUUCUGCAGUUUGUUGUUAUUAUGGAAGUGUUCUCUUGUCCUGAGGGUUUGCACCACUCUGGAUUCCUCUUAUUGAAAUUAAGUGGCAUAAAGUUUAAUUGUAUAUACUGUGACUGUGCGGAUUAAGACAUUUUUAUAUUUUUUUAUCUGCAUAUUUAAGAGAUCCUAUGUAAUAUGUCUCUCAUUAAGUUAUGUUCAAUUAUCAAUAAUAAUUAUGAAUAUGUCAUAGUUUGACCGUUUUUGUCUUUAAAACAAUAAAAGAAUGACACUUGC